AUGACUGACUUGCCAAGUGAGAGCUUGAAGACAAAGCAAGCUCUUUUAGCCAAGCAAGGCAACCCAAAGUGGAGCUCCGUAGCCAUGGGCAGGCAGCAGAGCACAGUGGAUGCAAAGAAGAAGUUGUCUUUUUUGGAGGCAGCCCACAGAGAUCUCGAGCAUCAAGGCGCCAGAGAUGGAAUCGUGAGUGCUCUUCAAUCCUCUGGAGUGGCGUGGCCCAACUGCAAGCUCGAUGCGCAAUUUUUUGUCGAGAGAUGCCAGGUUUGCAGACAAAACACUUGCAGGGACCUCCAGCAGCCAAGACCGCGGCACUUGCCAGUGCCUGGUCAAGCUGGAGAUGUCGUGGGCUGGGAUUUAAAAACCAUGACGCCGGUGUCAGGCGGCAAGUGGAACCUUCUGCUCGCAUGCGAUUUCACCUCUGGACGGGCAUGGAGCUGGGAUUUGAACUUCAAAGGCGCCACACUGCAGGCCGUUCAAGACAUUAUGAUCAAGUUUUACACCGACGUUGAUCUCCCAGUAGCAAGCUGGACAGAUAACGCUGGAGCAUUCAGGAACAUUAUUUCUGCAGCCAUCGAGGCCACCCUUGGGGUCCGUGCUCGGACAAUACCCCCUGGGCGGCCGCAAUCAAACGGCCUCGUUGAAUGCAGAAACAAAAUCUUCGACGCAAGCUGCGGUGGACAGCGAGCACGUCUUGCUGCUGCGACAAUCGCAUACAACCAGAAGAACACGGCCGUUGGCUUGCCUCCAGAGACGAUCUGGCGACUACUGAGGCCUCAAGAAUCUCGUUGGCGCAACAUGCACCUGAAGAAUGCAAUGGAAAAACCUUCAGCUCUCACCGAGGAGGAAUGGGUUGCUUACUUGGAUGCCAAGCAGUAUGACAAGGAGUCUCUGGAAGAGAAAGCCAAGUCCUUGCAUCAGCUCAUCCAACCCCUACGCAAUGCCAUUUCUUCAAAGAAGUUACGCCAGCGGAUGAAAAGCCAACUGAAAUGGAUCCGCAAGAGACCCAACAAGACCGCAAUGCCACUGGUGGCUGGCGACAUGGUGCUCAGCAGGAACACUCAAUAUGUGGCAAAAAGCGGACCACGGAAGUUCGAGACGACUCAAGAGGGUGUGGAGACCUUCGAAGUGCUCCAGUGCCGCCAAGGCUUUGCAAAAGUCAAAAAUCUCCGCACUGGACAAGUCUCUUGGAAACACGAAGCCAAUUUGAAACUUUGGCCGAGAUCUAUGCCUCCAGAUGAUGCCUACUUCCCAACGCCUCUGAAGGGCCCUGGUGCACCUUGCAAGCGACCUGCUCCAGCAUUUGAGGUCAUUGCAGCUGAAGGUGACGGAGCUUGCCUCUUUCGUUGCUUCAGCAUGGCCCUUCAAGCGAGAGCCGGUGUCCCCGCAAAGGCCAUUGUGGAUAGCACCGAGAGUGCGAUGAAGUUGCGAGAAGAGAUUCUUCGCCACAUGGAGCUGUCGCUACAACGAAUGGACGGCGAUAGCAUGGCACUCUUGCAGGAGCAGAUUCGCUUGGAGAUGUGGGACGAUCCAGGUUGGAUGGAAGGACCAGGAAAGGCUGCCUGGAACUGGAAGAACUAUUUCCAGUACAUGCGCCAUCCGAGGGCAUACGGGACAGCAGCUCACAUUGGUGCGUUCAGCGAGUCCAAGGGGAUCGCAGUUGUCAUCUACGAAAAUGGCCACAAGAUAUGGACAACGAAUGACAGCAACAACCCAAUCGUGCUGCAGAAGACCGGCCUGCGCUAUAACCUGCUGCUUCUGCGCCGCUUGAGACGCAAAACGCGGCUCUGA